AUGAAGAACGGAAAAGGCUCUCGUGGUCGCGCUGGUGGUUCGGACCGUGGGGGGAUUCGCAAGCGGGGUGCGGCCACCAAGGUCGAUCGAGAUGGAGAUCUUUCUAUGGAUGCAGGAUCUGCUCGGAACCGUGGCAAGAAGGCGCGCACGGAAACCGGCCGGUCUGGUGCGGCAGGAGGCGGACGGCCGAGGGCCCUCGAUGCGAUUCAAAAAGCGAUCACCAGCAACUCGGAUUCCCAGGCCAACAUUCGACAGGGCGGUCGCGCGGCUAGCUUGGAACAGGUCAUCGUCCGCGGGUGGAAACAGAGCAAGGCAGCCUCGAAUCGCGACGGCGGCCUCGAGAGCCUUCUCACCUUCCUCGAAAAGAAACUCAACACCUCCGACUCGAAAUCUGGCCAACGCGCAAGGAUAACCAAGGUAUGUGCAACACCAGAACUGGCCAUCUUACCGACAUGA